UGCUGGGAGGUGCCGGCGUGCGAGGAGCGGCGCGGAGCGGAGCGGCCGCGACCAUGCUGCGCCGCCAGGCCCGGGAGCGCCGGGAGUACCUGCAGCGCCGGGCGCGGGGAGCAGCAGCAGCAGCGGCAGCGGGAGCGCAGGGAGAGCCUGCGGCGGGCGCUGGACGAGAACCGGCUGCUGCCCACGGAGCUGCGGCACGAGGCGCUGGCACUGCAGAAGGAGCUCGAGUUCGACUUCGAUGCCCCAGGGGAGACGGGAGGUGGCCAGGAUGACGAGUACCGGUGGGCGGGGCUGGAGCCCCCCAAGGUGAUGGUGACAACCUCGCGGGACCCCAGCGCCCGCCUGCGCCUCUUCGCCAAGGAGCUGUGCCUGCUGCUGCCAGGGGCGCGGAGGAUGAACCGGGGCCGGGCCGAGCUGGGUGCCCUGGUCGGGGCCUGCCGGGCCGCGGGGGUCACCGACCUGCUGGUGCUGCACGAGACCCGCGGGCGGCCCGACGGGCUGACCGUGUCCCACCUGCCCCACGGCCCCACGGCCCAUUUCACCCUGAGCGGGGCCGUGCUGCGCCAGGAGGUCGGGGGGCUCGGGGGGGCCCCGCUGGCCGCCCCCCAUCUGCUGCUGCUGCGCCUGGACUCCACUCUGGGAAAAAGGGUUGGGACCAUCCUGAAGCACCUGUUCCCCGUCCCACGCCCCGACAGCCGCCGCGUGGUGACGUUCGCCAACGAGGACGACGUCAUUUUAGUGCGGAACCACGUGUACCGGCGCCGGGGCCGGACGGUGGAGCUGGAGGAGGUGGGACCCCGCUUCCAGCUGCGGCCCUACCUGAUCCGCCUGGGGACCCUGGAGCAGGGGGACGCGGCCGACGUGGAGUGGCGCUGGCACCCGUACACGGCCACGGCCCCCAAGCGCCGCCUGCUCAGCGCCACCUGAGCCCCCCAGGACCCUCCCGAGCACCUGGAGAACCCCCCCGGGACCCCCCCGGGCAGGUGGGACCCACCUGGAGAGCUGAGAGCACCUCGGUAGCUGAGCCCCCUCUGGACGCCUGGGAGUGCACCAGGCAUGUCUGGGUCAAUGGGAAUGGGUUUUUAUUUGGCACAAUAAAUGGUUUUUCUCUAA